CUAAAGCUUUCCAUAUAGAUUUCACUCCUGGAUCCUGCCGAGACCAACCUGAAGUGGUGAUGGUGAACCCAAUGAGGCUGGGUAUCCUCCAGAAUUAGCUCAAAUAUACGCUUUCCCUUAGCCUACCACCUAAUAUGGAUCUGGAUCCCCACCAGGAGCCUACCACAACCCGACGGCACAAAUGCUCGGCAUGCUACCAGCAAUUCAAGAAAAAAGAACAUCUUGUUGACCAUAUGCGAGUGUCAUAUCACUCCAUUCAUGAACCUAAAUGUGGUGUCUGCAAUAAGCACUGCAGAACACUAGCAUCAGUGAGGGAACAUCUUACAGGUCCACUGCCAAAGCGACACUGUGCAGAGAUUUUUGCUUCUAGGGGUUGUGAUCUUUGUCUGAACAUUCUUGACAGCCCCAAUGCUCUCAGACUACAUGAAGAGUUAUGUCGCUUGAGUCCUGCUUACCAUGGAAAUAUGACUAUGUGUAUUGUGGAGAAUUAUGCUCGAGCUGAAAUGGAUGUGCCCAGCUUAAGCAUGGGAAGCAAUGGUAACCAAGAUCCUGAAGUUGUUGCCAUGGACUGUGAGAUGGUUGGUGGGGGAAGUGAUGGGUCGCUUGAUCUCUGUGCACGUGUAUGCUUAAUUGAUGAAAAUGAAAAUGUGAUCUUCCACUCAUAUGUGAAGCCUAUAAUUCCUGUCACCAAUUUCAGAUUUGCAUUUGGAAAUUCUUUCAGAUUUGAAAUAACUGGUAUAACUGAAGACCAUUUGGUAGAUGGAAUGUCUCUCUUGGAAGUCAACAAGAAAAUUGAGAAGAUUUUGUAUAAUGGAGAAUCAAUUUCACGAGCCCGACUGGAAGGUGGAAAAGCUAGCAUUCUCGUAGGUCAUGACUUAGAUCAUGAUUUAGAUUGUUUGAAAAUGAAUUACCCUCUUCACUUGAUAAGGGAUACAGCCCAAUAUCGUCCCUUAAAGAGAACAAAUGAUUCAGUCGGCUUCUCACUGAAGUACCUCACUCAGACAUACUUAGGAUAUGAGAUCCAAAAUGGAACACAUGAUCCCUAUGAAGAUUGUGUUGCUGCAUUAAGGCUAUAUAAAAGGAUGCGAUCUCAGAUACACCAAACCGAGUUUCUAAUGUCAAACGAGAGCAAUGUAACUUUUCAUACUAGGACAAUUAAUUGUUUUGAUCCCUCAAGGUUGAAGGAACUUGUCAAGAUGUCUCCAGAUGAUCUGCUCAGCAUGUCAGUAGCUGAUUACAGGUGCUGGUGUCUGGAUAGAAGGCAAAACUCUUGACUCAGCAUUACACGUCCAGCUUGGAUGGAUGUUUUGGUUGCUCUAUAAAUAGUUAGGAUAAUGCUGGUUUUCCAUCUGUGCACACGCAAUGGUUUCAUGUAAAGAAGAAAGAAAUAGAGGUAGAAACCAUGUUAGUCCCUGUGGCAGGUUCCUAUUGUAAAUGAGUCAUUAAAGUUUCUAUGUGUUGUCUUGCUAUUUUGCAGGGAAAAAAUUAUGCUUUAAGGGUGAAAUAGAACGAUUAGAUACAUUCAUGCAUUAUUAGUAUAACAGAUUAAUUUUCUCCUUUCAAUA